UGCUAUGAGUGGAAGCUUCACAGAAAGCUGCAAAUAUCGCUAUUUGAAGGUUAUGGUAUUUCCAACAAACCAGGACUCCUAGAUCCUGAGUUCAUUUGAGUUGAUAUUUGUGGUGCCUCUAUUUCACAAUGAUGCUUCGCGCGGGCCUUGUCAUAUUUCUUGUCUGCCUCCAACUGAGCGAUGCUGCGAAGAACGUCAGCGAGAGAAUCUAUAUGACGAUUGAUUCAAAAAAUGGCUUUAGUCCAUGUAUUCGACUGACCAAUGCAAAUAAGCAAGUUGGCUGCAGCUCACCCAGCGGUGGAGCUCAUGGUGUUAUGCACCUGGUCAACUCGUCAGUUGACUUGGCCUGGGUGAUGACCACUGGUACUCACCAUCCCUACGUUCCACUCAUCACUCAAUCAUUUUUGGCAACUCAGCCUGAUAUGCUUACUAAGUUCAUUGGCAAUUCACGCAUCGCUGGUGCUCUUAUCAUAAUGGAGAAGUCGUCAAGCCUCAAUGGACAAUCUUUCUCACCAGACCUGAAAUGCCCCAACCAAGGUUUUGGCCUGUACUCCAAAGACGCGCAGUGCAAUUGGAACCCAGCUGGAAGUGGUCUGCUCCUUGGAGAUUAUGACUUCCCCAUCUACAGCCUCUUCCCCGGAACCAACCUCUCUACGAUCCUGGACUGUACGCGAAAGUACAACUCCUUUGUGAACGAUGCACCACCGGACUACCCUCUGUGUGCCACCAACAUGCUCGACUUCAUGUACGCUGUCAAGGACACGUUCACGUGUAUGACGCAAGGACUAUACGGACCUAUCUUUGGCAGCUCUACACGUUGUGACCCACUGGAGGGGUAUAAUGUGUGGGGAACGCUGACAGGUCGCAAUGCUAGCGAUACGUAUAGUGAGCGCGAGAUCAUCCUUGUGGUGACACGGCUUGAUGCUAAAGGACUGUUCAAGGAUGUUGUCCCGGGUGCUGAGAGCAGCACUGCAGGUAUGGUCGCCCUCAUGGCAGCAUUGCGGGCGCUUGCACCGGAAGCUGCCCGGGAAGAGGAAUGGGCAAAGAAGAUUGUCUAUGUUAUAUUCAAUGGUGAAUCACUUGACUACAUUGGCUCUUCGAGAAUGGUGUACGACAUGAAGAAAACAUUCCCGGCCCAAGUGCCCAGCGGCGAGAAUAUUUUUGCUCCAGCUACGUUCAACCUAUCCAGUGUGAAGACCAUCAUUGAAGUUGGCCAGGUUGGCCUCAGCGUUGUGCCAGACAAUCUCUUCCUGCACUAUGACAAUGGUUCCAACUCGACUGAAGCUCUGCGUGCCAUCCUAACGCAGCAUGGCAAGGACAACUCUAUGAACUUCACCGCUGGCUCCGGUACUCUGCCGCCUGCGUCGUCCCAGAUGUUCCUCCGUGAAGACAAACGCAUUGAGGUAGCCUACAUUGCCGACCAUGGAAGCAGCUUCACCAACCGAUUCUACAACAGCUACUUGGAUGAUGCAGAGAACUUGAAGGUCACCGAGAAUUCCACCAGCUCGGCAACUAUUACCCAAUUGACAAGGCUCUCCACAGUUGUUGCUCGUACUCUGGCUCAGCUGGCUGGUGCGAACACGACUAUCCAGUCCAGCAUCGCUGCCAACGCAGAAUAUAUCCGGGAUUUGACCGUUUGCUUCACAAUGAACUUCUCUUGCCCGCUUGUCAAGCAGUCGUUUACCGCAGGCCACACACUGCCCGACUACCUGGUGAACUCGCGCUACAUUGGUGUGAACAAUGGUCCCAACAACUACCUUGUCAAUGCUGUGCAGCGUCUGAUUGCGCAAUCACUCGGUGCCGAUAAUCGCACUCUGAACACCAGCACGUCUUGCCAAGCUCCCAAAGGCGACUCGCUGAACUCGUACUUGCUGAUGCGGGCUGGUGUGAAUGGCACUGAAGAGCGGUGUGUCAUCGCUCCGGUCUACACCUACUUUGUCCAGUCACCGGCCUUCCUUGAUCCCGUCGACUACCGAUCAACUGUUUAUUCCACAUGGACUGAGAGCCGAUGGAACGACAUCAGCAUGGAGAUCUUUCUGAAGCCAUCGCCAACUAGUGAGCACACUGCUCUUGGAGUUGGUAUCACUCUGGUGGUGGUGUUCAUUGCCCUCACGUUACAAAUCAACCGCGUCUCAUCCUCUCUUUUCGACACAUCUGUUGCCCACAACACCUAGGUAGAGAUACAGGUAUUUCUGUAUGUGUACUCACCACGCAUGCUAUUGGUGUGCGAGCCAGGCACAGUGCGGUGUACGGCAGGCAGCUCAACCGCGUCUCGGCAGCGCCAAUGCGAUGAUUGAGGAUACUCACUUGCCUUACUACUACAUGUGCAGUGAGCCACCAUGGCAGUUGCCUUGCUGCUGUGGUGUGGUAUGGCUGUGAGUAAGCUGUAACUUGUUGCAUUGACCUCUCUUUGCCAGCACCACCGCUGCUGCUGCCAGGCCAUGUCGCCAUUUUAUUCUCUGCAGCGUGCCUUUCCGUGGAACGAGGCACUUGACUGCCUUGAGUACGUACUUGUUGCAUAGCCAUUGAUUGUAUUCCACGUGCGUGUAUUCGUUUGUGUUUGGACGUGCUCGCCCAGCACUCUAUGUUCAUAGGAUAUACAAUGUGUUCAGCUGGUUUACUUCUCAAGUAGCCCGGACAAACACUUUCGUACGUCAUCCACUCCUGUGGAAACUCACUGCUUAUCUAUUUAUCGUUUGCUACUGUCGGAGUAGACGCGUAUAGAGGUAUUAUCUUGUUCUGGCUUUCAACAUGGAAUUUACAUUCUGUCGACAUUCUGAUUGUGUUCAAAGUCUCCUCAAAGCUCGACAGCUAUUUACCUCCCAGUGUAAUUUAUGUACAUACGAGUGAGCAGAUGUUUGGUUUCUUCCGUUUCCACCGCCAAUUGAUUCUUUCAUCAGAUACUGUAUACACACGUGAACCCAUGCCUAUUUGACAAGAUAGGAAUAAUCCAGCACUGUGGAAGCCCUGCUUGAAGCACUGAUUAUCUUCUACCUGUUUUCGUCCUGUUCUAUGUAUUUUAAAACUGUUCUAAACAUGCACGUGAGGGAAAUACAUGUACAUGGAUUUGUAUGUGA